AACAAAAUACCAACAACAACGAAAAAGAAGUCGCGAAUUCGAAGAAAAAUAAAAAUUCUGAUUGAAAAUAAACAUGGCUGGAGAUUAUAUGAGGCAGAAAUUGACGUCGUUUACAGAAGCUGUAUUUCCAACUCGAAAUGCUGUAAAGCGCCAGCAUCAUAUGCUAAAACCUGGCAAUGAGCUAGUGUCCAGCUUACCACUUCAGGUUUCUCUCUACUUCAAUGCCUUCUUCUUCCCAAUCUGGGUUGUAACCUGUGUGGUUAUGCUGCAAUUAAAGUUUGCCCAUCUGAAUCAGAUCUAUCAGUUCAUUAGCAUCACCAUGUAUGUAGUACUGACUGGUGUAGAGAUCAUCAGGCUUUACCUUGGCUACCUUGGUAACUUACAGGAAAGGGUACCAGAGCUUGCCGGCUUUUGGCUUUUGACGCUUAUUCUCCAGUUCCCGCUUGUCCUCUACCUGCUCGUCGACUCAAGGGCAAUGCCGUUCCCCAUUGAGCGAGCUGUCCACGUCAUCUUCAUACUCUUCCUUGCAUUCGAUAUCAUUGCGGGUUUCUUUGCUCUGAAGCGCAUGACCCAGCACCAGGUAAUGAAGUUCCAUCUGCAGCAGUUUGAUGAUAUCGAAUUGAUGGAAGAUACUCCAGGAAGGUUUAUGAACUCACCCAACAUAACAACCCAAAGAUACAAACCUCUUAGGUGACAUGAAGUAGGAGCGAUGUAAUAAACUGAAAUAUGUAGGGGUGAAGAUGUCAAUGAGAGUUCUCUAAGGUCACUCGACCUUGGUGUAACUUGACUUAAGAAGUCAAAGAUGAGAUUUGAUGACAUCCAGCUGAUUUCAGGUACUCCCAGGAAGGUUAAUGAACUCUCUCAAGAUAACGACACAAAGAUACCAACCUCUAAGCUUACUUGACCUGGGCGAACUGAAGCGAACUAAAGUCUCAAAUUCAAAGGUGAGAUUUUAAUGAUAUUGGGUUGGUGGAAGAUACUCUAGGGAGGCUAUGGAACUUGCCCAACAUAACAACAUAAAGAUACAAAUCACUAAAAGUUGAUGUGACCUAGAUUUGUUGAAGUGAAUUUGAAGUUAGUUCAAAGAUGAAAGUUUGUCAAUAUAAAGGUAAUGUAAAGUAUUCCAUUGAAAUAAGUGGUAUUGCCCAACUUAGCAACUCCCCUUUAAAAACCUCUUUGGUGACCUGACCUUGGUGUUCAUGAUAGCCUUGGUUCAAGAAGUCCAUAAACACCACGCAAUGACUGCAUUGUCAGAAAAUUGAAUCCCUUUCAAUAAACAUUGAGGUCAUUUUAUAACCAUCCAAACUGAGAAAUGAUUUAUUUCAAUUUUGAUUAAAUUUACCAGAUUUUACAGCAGUAGGUCUACAGUCACUGUGCUCAUGAGCAUGGUGUGUGUGAUAUGGAUGGUCUUGACUCUUUUGUGAGAAUUGCUAACAAUCUUGCAUCAUUUGUAUGCAUACAUCCAUGGCAAUGGCAGAGAUGGUCACAUUACCUUCUGGCAAUCAUUAUGAGAAUGACUCUGUAAAUUAUAAUUCUCUCGGUGCUUUUCAUGCUGACCCUUCUAUCACCCAAGCCCAAGGCCUCAAGGUGAUAGAAGGGCAGGUAUGAAAAGCACUGAGAGAAAAAUAAUGAUUUCCAGUGUCAUCCGAAUACAAAGUAGUCCAUAUUUGUUUUGCAUUUUUAAUUGUCCGUAUUCUCACAGUUCAUAUUUGUUUUUAUAGACCUCAUCACAUAACUCUAGACCCAGGGGCUAACUGGUAUCUACUUUAGGACAAUUCACUAAAAAAGCACUUUGUAAUUUAAACAAACUUCAUUGCUGCUGGUCAAUGCAAUCAAUGUUAGCAUAUAUGAUCGAGAAGCAGCAGCCAGCUAGUGCACGCUCACGUAGCAACACAACUCGUGGCCUGGUCCUCAAAGGUUAUGUGUUCUAUCACAGGGUUUGGGGUGAAGCAAGUCAAAACCCUGAGAUGAUGAUAGACAGAUAGAAUAAGAAUCUUAGUUUGAGGAAUAUAAUAUACAAAUUUAUCAG